UCCAUCUAGCUACAGCUACACGCCUACACACAGCUUAAAUAGGAGCUCCGAGUACGUCCCUCGAUCUGCAGAUCAUUGCAAAUUGCCAUAAUUAACACACACAGCUAGCUGAUCGAUCAGUGUUGGUGCACUACGCUCACAAGCUCGAUCGUAACUAGCUAGCUCUGGUCAGCUCAGCUUCGUCUCCGAUCGUCGGCUGUUUAUAAUUUGCUCAUCACGGCAAUGACGACGGCGACGACGACUAAGCCGGCGGCGGAACGCAGCGGGCGGCGCUACGCGCUGCUGCUGGCGCUCUGGGACUCGGAGUACGCCAAGGAGGUGUACGGCGGGUACUACACCGUCUUCGUCUCCGCGUUCGGCGACGGCGCCAGCGGUGGCACCGACGAGAGGUGGGACUCCUUCCGCGUGAUCGCCGGCGAGUUCCCGGCGCCGGAGGACCUGGCGUCGUACGACGGCUUCGUGGUGAGCGGCAGCCCGCACGACGCGCACGGCGACGAGCCGUGGAUCCGGCGCCUCUGCGCGCUCGUCCAGACCGUCCACGCCAUGAGGAAGCGUGUGCUCGGCGUCUGCUUCGGGCACCAGGUCCUGUGCCGAGCGCUGGGCGGAAGGGUCGGCAGGGCACGGAACGGCUGGGACGUCGGGGUGAGGAAGGUGACGUUUGCGCCGGACCUCCUGGAGGGCCGCCUCGAGUUCCUCAUCGGGGAUCUCGUCGCCGAUGAGCUUCCGGCCCAGAGCGCCGGCCUCAUCGAGGUUCACCAGGACGAGGUGUGGGAGAUCCCGCCGGCGGCGACGGUGCUGGCCUACUCGGAGAAGACGCGCGUGGAGGUGUUCGCGGUCGGGGAGCACGCGCUGGGCAUCCAGGGACACCCGGAGUACACCGUCGACAUCCUCCACAACCUCAUCGACCGCCUCACCGGCCAGAAGGCCAUCCGGAGGAGCGUCGGCGAGGAGGCACGGCGGACGGUCGCGGAGACCGGCGGGCCGGACCGCGCGUUCUGGACGGCGCUCUGCAAGGGUUUUCUCCGGGGCGGAGGAGAUCGUACGCAGCCUGCUCUGCCGGCGAUGCGGGAGACGACGGCGGCGCCGGAGGUGACCAGCUGCGCCGUCGCUGGCUGCGGCUUCACCAGCGCAGGCGCAGCUGCAAUGAUCCAGUUGGCUCGCAGCAACUAGUUUGGCUAGGGCUGGGCGCACGUAGGCAGAAAUUCGUUAGUAGCUAUUUGCUGCAGGAUUGCACACUGUAGUGCAGUUCGAUUUCCUGUUGACAAAAAAAUGUACUCUCAUUAUUGGUGAUGUAUACUUAUAUAUACUAACUAUACAAACUACCUAAUUGUUUGCUCA